CCAUUACAGAAAGCUAGGGUUCAGACAAACUCAUCAGCCUUAAAUACAAAUCUGUUUAUCUAAAGAUUAGAUUUUUUUUAGGGCUUCCAUUGUAAAACAACUUUCAGCGCGGCGACGGCGGAGCCAUGGUUCUCAAGACUGAGCUUUGCCGAUUCAGUGGACACAAGAUUUACCCAGGCAGGGGUAUCAGAUUCAUCAGAUCUGACUCUCAGGUGUUUUUGUUCAUUAACUCAAAAUGCAAGCACUAUUUUCAUAAUAAGCUGAAGCCUUCCAAGCUUGCAUGGACCACCAUGUACCGUAAACAACACAAGAAGGACGCUGCUCAAGAGGCUGUGAAGAAGAGGAGACGUGCAACCAAGAAGCCUUACUCUAGGUCAAUCGUUGGUGCUACUUUGGAGGUCAUUCAGAAGAAGCGUGCAGAGAAGCCUGAAGUUCGUGAUGCAGCCAGAGAAGCUGCCUUGCGUGACAUUAAGGAGAGAAUCAAGAAGACCAAGGACGAGAAGAAGGCAAAGAAGGCCGAGUUUGCUUCCAAGCAACAAAAAAUCAAGGGCAAUAUCCCCAAGGCUUCAGCCGCACCAAAGGCUGCUAAGUUGGGUGGUGGUGGUGGCAGACGUUGAAUAGAUUAGCCAGCCCUCUUAUUCAUCUCUCUGCACGCACUUAUCUUAAAUUUUUUCCAUUUUUGUUUUUUGUCCACCAGUUUUUGAAGCUUUGCACCAUAUUGACAUAUUGUGUACUCAAAAGAGAUUUUUAUGGAUUAUGAAAUUUAUUUAUGUUUGGUUA